AAACGUGGUUAAUAGGUCCAUGGUGAAACGAAUAAAGCUGAAUACUAUACUAUCAACAUCAAUUAUAUACACGUAACCGUGCCUGAAGACGGCUAAAAUGGCAUCUCUGUGGAAAAGAAAAGUGAUUGUUUACCUGUUUAAAACAUUGUUUUGCCUACUUAAUUUACAAAUUACCCUACAGCAAGAGAGUGCAAAUAUAGGUACCACUCCAGGGAUUAAUGCUUCAACUCCUCUCAACCAACAAACAAAUACUGAUUCUUCAGUAUCACCAAAUGCAACCACAACCGCCACAACAUCAAAAACUAUGCCAAAGACAAAUUCUCCGACUCCUCUGUAUUGCCAGAAGGACUGGAAUAAAAAUUGUGAGGAAGUAAGCGGUGACUGUCUCGACUGCACUUUUUUAAAGAACUGCAUUUAUGGAAAAACUUAUAAUGUAACCUGUACCCCAUUAAAUGGCGUCAUUUGUAUUAAGGAAUCUGAAGACAUCAAAAAGAACAUGAUUUGUCGGUACUGUUACCAGACACCAGAUUGGCUUCACCAAUGCACACCCCCUAAAAACGAAAACGAGCCUUGUAAAGUUGCUGCAAGCCCACUGGAAUACGUCAUCGUCAAUUGUACUGUCAAUGAUGAUGUUAUUUGUUUAGGUCAUCGGCAAUUUCAUAAACGUGUGCCUUGCAACUGGACUUCAGGAUAUAAAUGGUCAACUGCUUUGAUUUACAGUAUAACGCUUGGUGGAUUUGGAGCUGAUCGAUUUUAUUUAGGCCACUGGCAGCAGGGCCUUGGCAAGCUGUUUACAUUUGGGGGUAUUGGAGUGUGGACUUUGGUUGAUGUAAUCCUCAUUGCCGUUGGAUACACCCGUCCAGCUGAUGGUUCUCACUACAUUUAGGAUGGAAGAGGGAAUGUUGAUUGGUUGCUAGGAAACAAUGAUUUUGGUUACUAACUCGCUCUACAUUUGUGUGUACAGUAAUACUGUAGAACUUUGAAAAUUUCUCCAAGAGUAUAGAGGUAAAUGGCUAAUGAUUACAGCAAUUACUUUGGUUUAAAAAAGGGCCAGCUAUUGUUUCUAGAGUUGGAGCAAUGCUUCAUUGGUUUAUCUUUCAAAGAAAUUGAAGAUAUUGAGAAAACAUGCAACAUUUUUAUAGUAAAUGUAUUACAUGUAAAGGGCUGUGUCACUUAAAAAAUAGCCAAGUUUUUCCCUGGUGGACAGCUUAGUGUUGAUCACUUGUAAGUUGAGGGGCAGCCACAGAGCAAAUUUGAAUUGAUAGUGCUUUACAUAUACUACAGCACUUGUUUUUUUCCAGUUCAUUGAUGGCACCUGGUUUUGCCUGAUAGGUUGGAGACGGAUUUACAUGUGAGCAAUAUUGGCUAAGCUCCAGAAAUUAAUAUGGUUGUUUAGUAGUUAAUGCUGUCACUUACAAAUUGUUGAUAAACAACAAUUGAAAACGUAUCAAUGGGACUGUCCCUUUGAAGAGAUAGUGGACUUAAACAUACUAGUCUAUCCAGUUUUUGUCCAGACAUUGCUAUGUGGUGAUGUAAUGCAAAUUGUUGGCAACAUUUGUCCCGCACACUGUACGCACAACUUGACCUGCUGCUGACAACUACACUUUUCCAGCGAUAUCUUCUAUAAAGAUAUUAUAUCUUAAACCAUACACACAUUUAGGAUACAUAUACAAAAACGGCAAUAAAAAAUACAUGGUUGUCAUAGAAAUUUUAUAUAAUUUUGUUUUUGUCUGAAAAUUGCAGUUAGUGUAUUUACAGAUCUAUAUUAGAAAAAAAGAAACCUAAACUUUAUAAAUAAACAUAAGAUGUUUAAAAGUCAUUCACAUAUAUGUACAGUAAAGACUGUACUGUAUUGUAGAUAGAAAACAUUUGUACUGUAAAUAAUAAAUUUCAUACAGAAGUAAAAUUUUAAAUCAAGAAUCAGAAAGAGGUUUUCUGAAUCAUGUACUGUAAGUUUCAUGUGAAUAAAUAUAUCACUUUGGA